CACCACAUCGAGUGGGCAACAAAGAUGGGUAAAGAACGUUCAUGUAGAACAGCAGGUGAAACCCUAGAAUGGAUAAAUGCAAUUCAUGAUUUCCUUAAACCCUACAAACCGUUACUCGACUCUCAUGUCGUCAGUUUCUUCACUGAUAAACUUUGGGAAUCUGUUGAUCAACAAUGGAUUGAUUGUCUUCGUCAUGAACCCAUUGCUAAUCUUCUUCAAAUUCCAUCUGGAGUCAUUCAGGACUAUUGGCCUUGUUCACUGAAAGAAUUUGUCCUGACAUUGGGGUCUCUUGUGUUUCCUCGAGAUCCAGCGGAUUUACAAAGGGUGUUACCGGACUUGGACGUGAUUCCGGUUAAUAAUGUUCUAGGUCAAGGCAUGAAUUUGAAGAAAAAACAUGAAGUGGAAGUUCUAGCAGCAGUAAUCACAUCAAUUGCAAAAAGUGCUGGAGCUAAAAUAGUAAUUGACGUUGGUUCUGGCCAGGGAUAUCUUGCACAAGUACUGUCCUUCCAGUACCAACUUUCGGUUGUUGCGAUAGAUGCUUCUUCUCAUCAUGGAACAAUUACCAGUGCACGUGCAAAGCGGAUUAAGAAGCAUUAUGCAGCUAAAAUGCGUGAACUGCAAUCAGGAAAUCAGCAUCUAAGUGAGCCCCAGACAGUCACCUGCUGUGUUUUGUCUAGCGAUUCAUUGAAAACAUUGAGUGGCACCUUGUCAUGUACUAGUAUUGACCCGCCAGACAGGAUAGGCCUGGAUGAGCGAGAAGAUUUUGGAGAACAACAGUCCAUGUCCGACAACCCAAACAAGGAAUCGUCACUGGUUCUUGCUGGACUUCAUGCCUGUGGAGAUCUUUCAGUAACCAUGCUUAGGACUUUUGUGGAGAGUGAAGAAGUAAAAGCAAUAGUGAGCGUUGGCUGUUGCUACAACUUACUCACAGAAGACGAACACCCUGAGAAUACCAGUCCCCCGUGUGGUUUUCCUUUAAGUGAUGGUCUUAGUUCAGUUGGACUAUCCCUUGGAAGAAAUGCCAGGGAUCUUGCUUGUCAGAGUGCAGAGAGAUGGAGAAGUUUAACUGAAGUUGCUGCUCUUCAAAAUUUUGAGUUGCAUGCUUUUCGGGCGGCCUUUCAAAUGGUUCUUUGUAAAUACUACCCUAAAGUAUUACAUACAACUCCUACAAUAGGUCGGCAAGGGAAAGCUCUGCGUCGGCAACAAUUGAUGAAAUCCUUGCAGACCCGUCAGGCGGUUAAAGAUAGUAAUCCGUGUAUUCCUGUAGACGCACCUCUUGAAAACCAUAAUACGAGAAGUUGUGCUACUAUAAAAUCAGGCGAUGUUGGAAAGUAUUGCGAUCAAACCUUCAACGAAUCGCCAAGAGAUGGGAAGACAUUCAGUCCUACCACUGGCGUUGACACAUCUCUUGAUGUGUCUUCUAACACCAAAUGCCCUGACGUAGAAUAUGCCCUUUUUGAAAAGUAUUGCGACUCUGGAUUGGAUCGACUUGGUCUCCAACCUCUGGAAGAGAUCGACCUUUUUGGAAUAUGGAUGGAAGCUAAACCUUUCACAGAACUUGUGGGGCCUUACUGGUCUCUCAGGGCAGCUUUAGGUCCUGUGGUGGAAACUUUACUUCUAUUGGAUAGGUUGUUGUUUUUCCAAGAGCGCGGCAAUUCAGUGGAAGCAAUAAUGCUGCCCUUAUUCGAUCCAGCAUUAUCACCUCGUAAUGUCGCUAUAAUUGCUAGGAAGAUCUGACAAAGAGUUACUUUCACAAACAUAGAAAACAUGCUAGUGUUAGAGAUGUGAUCGGCAUAGAAGCAAACAAUUCACUGUGUGUAACCAGAAUACCUCCUAAAAAGAAAAGAGAAAAGAAGGAAGCUUCCCUCUUGGUUCAGAGGGACACCGAAUGCCAAGCAGGCCAGAUGGUCUGGAAGAGAUGGAAUAGUUUUUCAGUUUGCAGGAAAUAUGUUUCGCAACAGUUUUUUAGUGUUGCUUUGAUUUAAACUCAUGCCUUCCAUCAUUUUGAGUAAUGAAAUGUUAAUCUUUCUUCUUUUCUUGAAUAUUACCUCUGGUUACUAAUUUGGCUUGAAACUGAGGGAGUAUUAAUCUAUUUCUAUGAAAGUGACAUUAGUGCAAAGAAAAAGACAAUCCCAUUAUGAUAAAA